AUGCCUUCCGCAGCAGAGACAAGGCCCGAGGAAAACCCCUGGGAGAAUGCCGAGGCACCUACCAACGGCAGCAACCUCAUCACCAAAAUCCAUCGCGAGUCAUACGAGGCAAUCUCGCCAUCUCGUCCUGAGCUCUCCCAGGCCGGCCAUACUGUCCUCGUCGCUGGAGCCUCCACUGGAAUUGGCUUCAGCAUCGCCGAGUCUUUCGCCUCAGCCUCUGCGACCCGUCUCAUCAUCACCGGCCGGCGCAAAGAUACCUUGAACAACGCUGCUGACAAGAUCAAGACGAAGUACUCCAGCGUCGAAGUCAUCCCGAUUAUCAAUGACUUUGCUGAUGAGAAUGCCACGCGAGAGUUCUGGAAGAAACUUGCGGAAGAUGGUGUCUUUGUUGAUGUUCUCGUUUUGAGUGCUGCGAAAAUGUGGUUGCCCAACACUAUUCUUGGACUUGGGCAUGAGACCUUCAAGGAUGGCCUUGGAGUGAACCUUACUGCUCCAUAUCUGUGGAUUAGUUUGUUUCAUAAGCAGCGAGAAAUCGACCCUUCACGAAAGCUGGUCCUCCUCAACUUAUCCAGCAUUGCAAUCCAUCUAACUCAGCUCUCUGUUCCAAUUCCCCUAUACUCAAUCACCAAAAGCGCUGGGACAAUGAUGAUGCAGCACAUUGCCAUGACUGUGCCAUCCAGCGAGAUGCAGGUCAUUAGUUUCGAGCCUGGGCUUCACUAUACUGAAUCGUUCGAGCGUUUCACCGAUGAAAACAGUUUCAAGUGGGAUGACAUCAAACUGCCUGGCGAUUUUGCUGUUUGGGCAGCGUCUGAAGAAGCCGAGUUUCUACAUGGGCGUUUUAUCUGGGCGAAAUGGGAUGUCGAUGAACUCAAGAAUGGACCCCUCCGGAAGAAGAUCGAAAGUGACGUUUCGCUUUUCAGAGUUGGCGUCAAGGGAUACUAA